AUGAUCCGUGGGCUACAGGCUUAUCUCCACGAUCGAGGUCUUACACAGACUGCACCGCUUUCUGCGCUCAAGGACACCCGUCUCGGCAUCGAUCUAUCCUACUAUCUCAAGCAGCUCCUCUCAUCUCCAUCCACAUCGGAGCCCCUCGUUGCUGCACUUGGAGGCGCUCCCAUCGCCCUCAUUUCUCACAUCGAAACCGACCUUCGCGCGCUCGAAAAGGCCCGCAUCAAGCCAGUCUUUAUUCUCAACGGUAUCCAGCCCAACAAGCGCAUCCGCCCCUUCUCAUACGAAGAUCCUCGCGUCAAGCAGAGACAUCGCGCGUGGGAGGCCUACGAGAACGGUCAAGUUGACGUUACACACUCUCUCCUCUCCGCCAGCAGCUCUCUGCAUCACCCGGACCUCUACCGCGCCAUCCUUCGUGCUUUCCGUCACAGAAAUGUCGAGUUCCUCGUCGCUCCCUACCUCGCAACAGCCCAGCUCGUCUCAUUGGAACGACACUCCAAAUCCUACGUACACGCCAUCUACGGUCCCACAGAAGUCCUGCUGUUUGAUCGCGUAGAACGUCUCAUCACCACUCUCAAUCUCUCCGAUUCCACUUUCCAGUUCGUCAACAAGCACUCCAUCCUCAACGAGCUCAGGUGCAACGAGGAGCAAUUCCUCGACGUCGGUCUGCUUGCCGGAAGCGAUCUCUGCGCCACCUUCCCCGCCCUUCAAGAUUCCAGUCUGGGCGCUACACCACCGCACGCAGGCGCACCACCAAAUCUGCGCCAGAUCAACGACCUCGUUAAGCAUUACAAGGGCGGCUAUCCGCUCGUCGCUGCUUUCGAGGCCCACCCUAUCGUAUCCAAGAUCAACUACGUGGAUCAGUUUUGCAGAUCCAGGACCAUCGUCAAAUUCUGCCUCGUACUUUCAGCAGAGGAGGGUCGCGUUCUGCCACUGCCGCUCGCAACGCCGCCUCCACCCAUCUCGAUCGGCUCUGCUCCCCCUCACAUCGCUCCCAACGGAGCCGGUCCUGCCGCAGGCGGCGCUUCCAUCGGCUCGUCCACCGGCGCAACGCCCAUUCUCACUGCUGCCGACGUCCCGCUCGACAUACACGACGUCUUCUCUCAUCGCCUCCCCGAUGAGGUUUUCCUUCACCUGUCCAGAGGCCUUGUCGGUCCUCAGGUGCUGUCGAGCUUGACCUCUGGGCACGUCAUCGAAGCACCUCCUCUCGACAACGGCGAGAGCGAAGACUACCGACGCUACGUCCGCGAGACGCUCACAGAGACGCCGCAGUCCCCCCGUUGCGUUUCGGUCGCUCUCGCUGCUGCCGUCCUCAACGGUUUCUGGUCGUCCCGCAAGAUCACCGGCAUCUACUAUUUCGCACCUUCUGCCGACCACCCGAUCCCACACGAUUCGGCGGCGACGCUACAGCUCAUCAACCGCGUCAACCAGUGGAACGUCUCCAACCGCUUCAUCGAGGAAGAGCUUCGACGUCAGAACUCCUCCACCAUCGACAUCGCACUCUGUCUCGGCGCCACCACCUCGGAUCAGCUUGCCAGCAGGACAAAGACGCCUCGCGUCAAACUGCCAGACGGCUCCACCUCGGCGCUGGAGAGAAAAGACGAGAUCGUAGCCAACACCAUCUGGCGAAUGCUCGAGCUUCGAGGGUUCCUCAACCAUGCGCACCUCCACACACCGUACGCACGUGCGCUGUAUCUGGCGCUGAAGAAGUCCAAGCUGAACGACAAGCUGCAGGAACCGCUGUUCUUGGCGCUCGAGCUGCUGCGCGGUGGAGCGUUGCACGCCAACUACUUCGGCGGGCGGAGCUAUUCCGGCGGACCGUCGUAUGGGGAUGAGACGGAGAAGAGGCAUAUGCUGCUGGUAAUGAGGACGGUGUCGUUGCUGCAGAUGACGUACAAGCCGUCGGCGUGGUCGGCGCCGUUGAGUCGCGAGCUGUUGGUUUUCAACUCGUUCGUAAAGAGCACAAGUCGGGCGAUGAGGAACCUCGUCGAGAUGAUCAGUCUCUCGCUGCUGCUGAGGGGGGAUGCGAGGAGGAAUCGCGAUGACUUUAUCGACAUUUCCCUGUCACUUCCAUUCCAAACGGAUGUGAAUACGGGGAUGGGAAUUCUGGUCAAGUGCUAUUUGGACGGACUGUUGACGUACAGAGGUGGACCGGUGUUGGAGCACCAGGUGGAUGAUGCGGAGGUGGUCGAGGCCAAGCAGGGCGUGUUGGGUGCGCUGGAUGAUACGUUCUCGAACGUGAGGGACAUCAAGCAGGAGUUGGGAAGGAGCUUCAGGUUUUGGGACGCCGUGUUGGUGGCGGUCGAGACGCUGGAUGGUGAGAAUGCGAUCAGUAAGGAGGUGGUGACGCAGUUUAGGGAUGCCGACAGGUGGUUGAGGCCGUUGGCGAAGCUACCGGGUGUGAUGUGA